AUUAAAUAGAUUUGUCAUGCCACAAAAACCAAUCAAACAUUUGCCAUCCACCUAUUACGACAGCACGUCGAAAGUCAACCCUGUUUUAGCUGCUUUUCAACAGGAAUUUGAAGAGUUCAAGAAAUUUGCUCUCAAAAGAGCAGAGGAGAAGGAAAGGGAUGCCCUGCCUGCAGAAGAUGUUUAUGCUAGAGGGUCAAAUCGGCUAUACAAACUCUGGAACUCGUACAUGCACCGUUUACCAAAAGAGUAUUUUAUCGAGAAGUUGAUGGAGCUUGGGGAUCUUUUGUGCAAUCAGCGGGAAUACGAUGUUGCUCUGCAUCAGUGCUACGAAAUGUACUUUGCAUUUACCAAAAUCUGGAUCCCUGAUGAGAAUUAUAAAAGCAUUGACACUCUUCUGGAAACAGGACACUUCACAUCAACUGUCAAUGACGCUUCGACGAUUCGAGCAAUAAUAGGAUCAGCUGCCUGUAAAUUCAGACUUGUAGUUCAAAGUGAUAAAUCACUUCAGUCGCGACAUUCGCUUGUGUUGAUUGAGAAACUUCUGCUUAAACUGAGAACAGCGUCUCAGAUAUGUCUACCACUCGAACGUCUAUGUUGGCUAGUCUACAACAGUACGAUUCACAUAUAUAACAUCUGUCGCUACCUUAUGAUCUAUGGCCACUCUCGCAUGGCUCUGGAAUAUCUGCUGUGGGCCAGUUGUUGUCUGGAAUCCUGCAUUCCUCUUCUCUCUAUCAGAUAUCUCACUUGGCGGUCCACUCUCUACGUGGCGGUGUGCCAGUGCUACAUGGAUCUUAAGGACCUCGUUCGCUCAGAAUCGUUUGCAAAGCGUGCCCUGGUGAAGAUAGACGAGCUGAACGAACUGGAAAAAUGCAGUGCGAGCAAGAGUGACGUCACAACUGUGCCCAUCUUCAGGGCGGCCACCAUCCGAGUGGGUGUAGUCGUGUUUCUCAAACAGGUGUAUGACUUCAAGAAGAGACAGCGUCUGAUGCCCAACAGACCCAACAAGAACAAGAGUCUCAGAGACAUCGCAAACGUUGGCAGUGGCGACGAAAAUGUGUGGCCGCGUACUGGCACUGAGAAGAUGUUGAACGAGGUGUUUGAUGGGUCUGCGGCCCAGUUUCUCACCAUCCUCGAAGUGGUCAAUGACCCCAACAGACGCAUGACAUUCACUCAGUCGCCCUCUAGCGAGCAGGACGAUGUCUGGGCUGAAGUCUACUCGGAGUUGUUCUUUGCCGGACAAGAAAUCAUCGCCGGAGGGGGCGGAGCUUCUAAGAUGCAGACGAGUCACGUGGGAAUAGGUAGUGUCACUCAAGUCAAAGAGACAACACUCAUGCAGAUGGCGUCCAGAGGUCUCGACGGAGUGACAAUUGAGAGCGUGAUCAAGUUUGUGAAGUUGGCCUACUGCUACGAACAGUGGGAUCCUCUCAUCGCUAUCUUGGAACCCACCAUACGUCUACUAGAGAGCGGAGAAGCUCACGUAGCCGAAUAUGUGCACGAAGCCCAAACGCUUCGCAUUAUAUCUGGUCUGGAACAGCUGCACGCGAAUGCGAGGAAACAUCGGAGGUUUCUGCUACUGCAGACGGAGAGUCAGGCCACCAUAGAGAAGGAGGGAGGGGACAUGCCUUCUACCUAUCAGCUGAACAAACAAGCUGCGGCCUCUAAGAAGCCCGACACACUGGAAGACUGGCUAGAAUUCUCAGCGAUUCUCCUCAAAUGCUUAGACUACCCAAAGGGUAGCGUGGAUGUGGACAUAGUGGUUGACAGUUGUCUCUACUUAUGGAGCAAGUGCAGACCUCUCUUUGCCAAGAUACAGACUGGAUCGACCGAUGUGUCCACUUACAUCAAGGCACUGCACAAAACUGAACAACCUCAGAAGAUGCUGCAACUGUUGUGUGAAGUGCAGGCAGUGAUGUGUUGGGUGGGUAUGAGUCAGGUGGACCCCCUCACUAUGGGCGACAUCUCCCUCAGACUGGCCUACGCACUGGAACUGGCCGCCAGCAGAUCGAACUCUCUUCUGAAGCCGUGGCACAUGCGUGGGUGGAACACAGUUUCUAUCCUGGAGAGUGCAGUGGAAAGUGUGGGGAGGGGGUUGGGGGACAUCUCCACUCACAAGGACGCCACCCUUUCCCCCACCCACUCCAGAGCACUGGCAGACACCACCUGGAUGAAGAUCAAAGCAGACAGUGGGGAAGAUAGUGAAAUAGAAAAAAGCGAAGAGAAGGAACCGAAAGCUGAAAAUGAAGUGUCUUCCGGUGGUGUUCCGGAGGAGCAUCGGAGUCUGGACAUCCGGAUCAACACCAUCAAUGACGUGCACUGCGAACUGUUGUUCCUCUACCACCGACUGUGCAUCAGAUUGGCCCAUCACCAGAAACUACAGCAGGAGAGGAUGAUGAGGAACGCACUCUACAAGACCAAGUCCAUCGAGGUGCAUUCGGAGAAGGACUUCAUCUCUGAGUUUGAGCAGAGAGUGAGGCCGAACCCCUUCUCAACUGUCAUGUUCCUCCUCGCCAGAGGGUACAUGUUACACAUUGGAAACCUCAACCCAACCAAGAUCGCUUCUGUUCUGGAGGAGGCUCUGUUUCUGUUGGACAAAAUCAAAGAAGACGAGGAAGACAUCUUCAACAAGAACCUAGCCCAACUAGCCAAUCAGAAGCCAGCAAAGACAAUUCCUCCUCCUCCUAUUCUCUUGAAGAGGUCUGCCACUUACAUGAUGCUCAAGCCAGGUCCCUUUGAGCCCUCUAGCGGCCAAACUGUGGCUUGGUACCGGAUCUUUGCCAAGCAAAUCACAGGUCCAGAUGCUAAAGUCAGACUGAACGACAAUUUACUGAACGGCACAGGAAUCGAGGUACCGACCCAGACAGCCGAUGAGUUCACCGUGCGUAACCUGAUGCCUGGGGAGAAGUACGUGUUCGCCUUCGCCGCCUAUUCGGCCGAGGGAACGUUGAUCGGAAACCACAUCGGGGAGUCCUCCAAGCCCAUAGUCGCAUACCAACCCUUGCCUGUUCUAACUGCUUACGGGUUCCUCGCUCAGGUGGCCUGUAUCACGUCCCAGUACAGAGUUGCACAGCAGGCCUUCAAGCACUUGUGGAACCAUCUGGUGCUGCCUCUGGACACCUCUUCUCACCUGGAGACAUACACUGUGUCCUGUCAGGACAAGGACCUCAAGAUCAACGUCUACAAGGUGGAUAUCGGCACAGUGAACAGGUCUUCGCCUGUGUUCCAGCGUCUGUUCCUUAUCAACCUGUUCACGAGUGUGGACGUGGCAAUUCGAGAUGGUACACUCUACUCCAACACCAUCUGUGACAGGGGACCGCCAUACAACCAACAAGUGAAGAGAUUGCGAGAAUGUGAGAAACUGCUGGUCGCUAUAGAACUAUCUGGCAUGCUCAAUGACGCCCCUCUCGCAUUCCAGGCCAUAGUUCUCUCCUAUGGCCUCAUAGUGCCCAUGAUCCAGAACAAACUACCGUCCGUGCCAGUUGCCCAGAUACUACUCCGCAUCCACGCUGUGUUGACGGAACUGCCAGCCAACCUUCGAAUUCGGAAACAGCAGUCGAUCACAGACUGUAUUUCUCACAUGAUAGCCUGUAUCACUUUUCAUACCGCAAGGCUGUUGCGAAUUUGGAAGCAGAAACCUCUCGCGCGUGAGAUAAAUUCAACGGGAAGGAAACUCCUCACGAAUGUGGAGAAAACAGCCGCUCAGAUUCACCAGGCUGAGUCCCCCCGAUCCGGAGGCGGCGCAGGGGGUGCGGGGGCUGGUAGUGCGAACGGAGGCGGAGGAUCCCAUCGCGACGAGGCUGAUGGCGAGGACCAGGAUCAGGACCAGCUGGGAGCCGAGGGGAAAGAAGAAGGCGACAACUUAGACGAAGAACGGAGCCAGGCUGGAGAUCCCGCAGCCGCGGCUCAAAGUGGAGCAGCGGGUGGUGAAGCCUCCGGAGCCGCGGGAGGAACAGGAGGUGGAGACGACAACACCGACAAAGGCAGUGUCGCUGGCACUCUCCGCGAGAAGGAUCCGGCCAGAAAUGUGACGAUCGGAGGUGUGGCGGCUCCUCGGAAGGCGCUGGAGGUGACCAAGCAGCCAGGAGGGGGGAGGGGGAAGAAAAGGGAUGCGGACCAGAGCGAUGAGUUGAGGGCACUUCAGGCGAACAUGCUGAGACUGUCUAGAAAUAUCCAACCAUCCGACGAAUUGUACGGAACUGAGGAUCCGAUAGUAUUGCACGCAUACGUGGCCAGUCUCCCCGCCAAGGCCGCCUACAAGGAAAUCAGCAAGUUCAAAAAGAAGCCUGCCUUCCUUCAGUUUCUUGUUCAGGUGGUGUCCAAAAGUAUUUCCGAAGGCAAGGCUACCGAGGCAUUGGACUGGUGUGACGAUGCAUUCUCGUGGCUCACCAGGCGUCAAGACCAGCUGAACCCCAGCAAAGUGAAGGGUAGACUAGGUGCAGCUGGUGCGCCUGCCAUGGGGUCCGUCGGCUUAGCCACCGGGGGCGAUCAGGACAAGAAGUACGGUGCCGUUGUUUCCGAGAUCCACCCAGGCCUUGCGACGAUGAAAGCAACUGGAUCUGCCGAUACCGAAGGUUCCGCUGGCGAAGCUGUGAAAGGGAACCCCACUUCCGGAGGCGGCGGAGAAGCGAGUGCGGCACUGCAAGUACCCGAGGUGGCGGCUGUUCCCUCAACCGCAGCUGCGAGUAACACCGACAGGACCAAAGCGGAGAUGGCGGCCGAGGCAAAGGCGAGAGUGCGACGGAAAAACAAGCUGUUGGUGCACUAUCGGAAGUAUCUGCCGCCGAUGAAUGAAGUAGAGAGGGCAUCGAGACUGGAGGCGGACGAGCCGGCCCUGGCUAAGUUGGAGAACAACUUGCCAGUCAUCUUCAGAACUCACCAGAGAAGGAGACGGCUGAGGAAGGUGUCUUUCGAGGAGUACCCUUGGAGAAGCCAGCUGAAUGCUCUGCAUGGAGUGUGUGUGUUCUCGAGUCUGAUGAAAAAACUGACCUUGUUCAAAGUGUUUGAGAGUGUUGAUACAGCCAGCAGAGUAUCCUUCCUGGACAUAGACUUGUUCACGCUUGACUCUGCCGGUCGCAUUGUUGUCGGAUGGCCGGGUGCCUCAGCGGGAGGGGGAAGCACCUCUAGGGGGGAGCAGAGAGACGGAGGGGACUCCACUCAUACACAUAGUACUGUGUUGUAUUUGGCAUCCAGACUUGUCAUUGGAGAAAUUGACUCAAACGACAAGGAACUUAACGGAAACACAGAGCCGCCAGAAGAUCCCCUUCAAGUGCCCACAAAUGCCAACAACACUCAGAGAGGAUCCAUUGAUGCCCCUCAAGGUCAAGGAGUGGACGAGAGGGGGGACUCUCCGAGGUCCAUCAGAUCGGAUGACAGUGACAGUGCGGGACCCCCACCACCCAUGAUGCCAGUGCCCCCUCCCCCUAAGCGGAUGUCUAUGUCUGUUGAUGUGUCCGACGGAAGAGCCUUGCCUGCUGGAACAACUGGAUCUAAUGGGGUCAAGGGGGGAAUUGGUGGCAACAAGAAGGGUGGAAAGAAGAAUCCUGCUGGCGCCAAUGCUGUUGCAGUGCCUGAGAAGCUGACGGCGAAGCAAGUGAAGGCGGAACUGGAGAGUAUGUUCCUCGCUUUCUCACGUAGUGUCAAUCUGGCGGAGCGUGGUGGUCUAUGGAUCCUGGCUCAGAACAACAUCAAGAUGCUCUGGAACAUCUACCAAUGUCUGUCUGCGCUCAUCUGCUCCUCCAAGUACACCUCCAUCCUCACAAUGGACACUCUGAGGAGCUGUGCUGCUCCGGUCUUUGUCCAGGUGUCUUUGGCUCUUCACUCUGUAUGUGUGGACAUGCAACUACAGCUGGACCAGAUAUUCGCUAAGGACAAGAAGCCCAAGAGAACUAUGGAAAGCAGUGUGUUUGGCACUCAAGAGGACGAAGUGGGCGGAUCCAAACUGUCCUUCGAAAAGAUAGCGGACGACCUCACUCUAUUUGAUGCCCGCUUCGCUUACAGGAUAUUCCUGAGGACUCUGGAGCUGUUGUUCUUCAACAAACAAUGGGAGACCAUGACAGACUUGGCAUUCAAGAUAAACGCCAUUACCAACUGUCGAUUUGUGGAGCAAGUCUCCCCUCUCCUGAUAUUCUCCCAGCACCAAGUGAUCCAGAGAGUGCUGGACCACAAUGGGCCAGACAUCCCCCAGCCCUCGUUCGCCCCCACCGCCCUCUCGCGACAACAGGUGUACUCGGAGAAGUACGAGUCGCCUGUGUUCCGAGUGAACUUGCCUCCGGGCGAAGAUGAAAACACGAACAGAAUGCAACUGAGACAGAUAGCGAAUGUUCAGGCUCCCUCACCUGUGCGUGCCCUGCAGGUGGCCAGCGUGCCCCUGGACAUAGAGGAGAGUGUUGCUGAAGUGGGCAGGGCCAUGGACCACUCCCAGUUCCUCUCCCACGCACUGAGACACGCCAGGCGACUACUCGCACUCUACAUGGCAGGACACCAUCUUGGUGGUGCCAAAGACCCAGCCGGCCAGUCUGGACUGACUCGAAGUGAGAGCCAGCAAGUGAGGAUAGAUGAAAACCCAGUUUAUGUGCCCACCCCUGUGCCGCAGGAGGUGAAGGGAGUCCGGUUCCAGAGACUGGAGGAGGUCCAGUUCUGUGCCAUCUCUCCCAACCAACUGGCUACUGUCAUCAAGGCAUACCAACAUGCAUCCGAUCUGCUCUCGGCGAAGAAAGAAACCGGGUGUCAGGUGCAGGCCCUUCAUGAACUGGGCAACCUCUACUUGCACCAGGGCAACUUUAGAGAGGCCAACAGAGUGUGGAGUGACGCCAUUGACAUCCUCUUCAGAAGCAGCGACGUAAUCAAGGACUGGAAAAAGGCUACCAGAUCCAGACUAGGCGAUAAAGAGACGUCUCAAGUCAUACUGGACAAGUGUGGCGUGUGGGGAAGUCUGAUGGUUGGCAUCCUGGUGUCCAAGAUAGCCCAGUACAUCCACAAGUCCAAAGUGGACUCCAAGCUAAACCUGCUCCAUUUCGCCACCGCAUGCUUUAAAGCUGUGUUCCGAUCCAGUCUUCCCUAUCCCUUGUCGGACAUAGACUACGCCUCCUACUCCAUCGGACCAGACUACACCACAGCAGUGGGAUCCAAGGCCAUGACAGAUCUCCUCCCAGGUCUGGACAUAACCUCGGACCAGUUCAGAUGCAACUCAAGGACACUGGUGUCUAGUCUGUUGUAUGUGGUCAAUGAGCUGGACAGGAAUAAUUUCCGACUCACGAGUCUACCUACAUUGACCUUGUGUGAGUUCAUCUGCGCCCAUGCCUGUCGUGACCUCAAACGAACUGUGCUCACCCGACUCACUAAGCGAAAGUGUAAAGGACACGUGAUUGACAUCUAA